ACGCGAGUCAGUCGACGAUCUGCCGGCCAAGAGCGCGGAUACGUCGGAGGAGAUUAUAAUCGUCGUACGUACAGUGGCCCGCAGAGAUUACGUUUGUCCUUUUUACACUACCCUUUGCUACUCCGGAGAGCACCACCGAGACCAAUAAUAAUACUAAUCACCGUCGUCAUCAGCCGCUGGCGACUUAAUCGUUAACCAAAUAUCGCGUUAAUCAAUCGUCGUUGUCGUCGUAGUCGUUUGCGUGGUUAUCCUCGCCGUGCUAGACGUUGUCACGAUAAUCGUCAUCGUUGUUGUUACCUAUUAGGAGAGAGAGAGAUAGAGAGAGAGAGAGAGAUAGAGAGAGAGAGAGAGAGAGAGAGAGAGAGAGAGGGAGGGAGAAGUAAGGGCGCCAUCCCUGAGUGGGAAAAGUCAACCCCCUUGCGAAGGUUGGCAAUUUUUGAUAGGAAGUAGAAAGUUAUAGGUGUGCGUGCGUGUCUGUCAGCGCCACAGCAGCAGCAGCAGCAGCCGCCGCAGCAGCAACAGCAGCAGCAGGUUCCCCUCUAUCGAUCGAAUUUGACCUGCAAAGUUUCCCGUAGCGUCGACGGCCUCGUCGUCGUCGUCGCCGACGCGCCGUCGCCGUCGCCGUCGUCGUCGUUGCCGUUGGCAUAGUCGGUCGCCGCCACCGACCUCGUCGUCGCGUGUGUGCGGUUAGUGUGACACGGAGCAGUGCUGGCUAUCGAACGCUUGGAUCCACCGGCAACACGCACGCACGCAUACACACCUACCUAUAUACAGGAUUAACGCGUUCGGCAUGGCUGCCCCAGCCGCCUGCACGCGGUUUAGUGACAACUAUGAUCUCAAGGAGGAACUCGGCAAAGGCGCCUUUUCCGUGGUACGCCGAUGCGUUCAAAAGAGUUCCGGUCUCGAGUUCGCGGCGAAAAUCAUAAAUACGAAGAAACUCUCUGCCAGAGAUUUCCAGAAACUUGAACGCGAGGCACGAAUAUGUAGGAAAUUGCAGCAUCCAAAUAUCGUGAGACUGCACGAUAGCAUACAAGAGGAAAACUAUCAUUAUCUUGUCUUCGACUUAGUCACCGGCGGUGAGCUUUUCGAGGACAUCGUUGCGCGAGAAUUUUACAGCGAGGCGGAUGCUUCCCAUUGCAUCCAACAAAUCUUGGAAAGCGUCCACCACUGCCACCAUAACGGAGUUGUGCACAGGGACUUGAAACCAGAAAAUUUACUUCUCGCAAGUAAAGCAAAAGGUGCGGCUGUUAAAUUAGCAGAUUUCGGAUUGGCGAUCGAGGUGUCCGGUGAAUCGCAAGCAUGGUAUGGUUUCGCUGGAACGCCCGGCUACCUCAGUCCAGAGGUUUUGAAGAAAGAACCUUACGGAAAACCCGUCGACAUUUGGGCAUGCGGAGUUAUUCUUUACAUCCUUCUCGUCGGUUACCCACCAUUUUGGGACGACGAUCAGCAUCGACUGUACGCCCAAAUAAAAGCUGGCUCUUACGAUUAUCCAAGCCCAGAAUGGGACACCGUAACGCCAGAAGCAAAGAAUCUUAUCAAUCAGAUGUUAACGGUGAAUCCAAGCAAAAGAAUCACCGCAAACGAGGCAUUGAAGCAUCCAUGGAUCUGCCAACGUGAGCGUGUUGCAUCGGUUGUGCACAGGCAAGAGACUGUGGAUUGCUUGAAGAAAUUUAAUGCAAGACGCAAAUUAAAGGGCGCUAUUUUGACGACGAUGUUGGCGACACGGAACUUUUCCAGUAAGUAUGAUCCACAGGGUCGAAGUAUCAUCACAAAGAAGGGCGAUGGUUCUCAGGUGAAGGAAUCCACCGACAGCAGCACAACGAUCGAGGAUGACGAUGUCAAAGCACUGAUACAGUGGAUCGAGAAUGCGAACCAGGAUAAGAAGGGCGGCGUCGACCGGAGCAGCACGGUCAUUGCCAAAGAACCCGAAGGAUCGAGUUCCAGCGGUGGUGUUACACCGAGCAAUCCAGGAGGAGCACUUUUCUCCUUGAUAGAUAGCGCUACGAGCAGUCUCGUCAACAAACAACCCACUACUACCAAUCAGGGCCAAGCGCAAACGGCACAAAUUGUAAAUCAGAGUCCACCGACAACGGGUCAUGCUCAAGUGCAGCCCACGGCCAGUCCGCUUGGAUUAGCCGCUGUACUCCUUCAAGGAGCGCAAGCUGGCAGCACAGGAAGCGUGGGCAGUGGUUCGAGCAGUUCGAGCAGCAACAGCCAAAACAGUCAAACAGGGGCGUCGCCCUCCUCAGCGGCCACGGUUUACCUCAGCAACGCCAGCAACGUGCCGCCCUCGCGACGCCACGACUCUUCGGCCACCGACAUAAGAAUCGUGUGUCCUAUCAAGACCUGCAGCCAGCUUUCGACGAACUCCCAGUGCUCAGCACGUCGUCAAGAGAUCAUCAAAAUGACGGAACAAUUGAUCGAGAGUAUCAGUACCGGUGACUUCGAGGCUUACACGAAAAUCUGCGAUCCACACUUGACCGCGUUUGAGCCAGAGGCUCUAGGUAAUUUAGUCGAGGGAAUGGAUUUCCACAAAUUUUACUUUGAUAAUGCGGUUCUCGGCAAAAACUGCAAGGCCGUCAACACGACCAUCCUGAAUCCACACGUGCACUUGCUCGGUGAGGAUGCUGCGUGUAUUGCCUACGUCAGGCUCACACAAUACAUGGACAAGCAAGGUGUAGCACACACACACCAAAGCGAAGAGAGCCGUGUCUGGCACAAGAGGGAUAACAAGUGGCAAAACGUACAUUUCCAUCGGAGCGCAGUUACGGGGCCAACGUCGUUCUCAUUCAGUCACAAAUAAAUCUGAAUGAUUACGUUAGUUCCGUAGAGAAGAUGUUGCUGUUCGUCAAAAAUAUCAACACAACAUGAGCAACGUUCUAUCAUCCGAAUGAAGAAAAGGAAACACGACGAAAAAUUAUACACCCGCGCGCGCGCAUAUAUUAAUAUAUAUAUAUAUAGAGAGAGAAAAAUAUAUAUACGUAUGUAUAUGCACAAACUAUAUACAUAUAUAUAAAUAUAUUUAAAAAAAUAAAGAAAAAGGGAGAAAGAGAGAAAGAGAGAGAGAAAGAAUAUGAAAUAAACGCAAAAAGUGUUUACGAACGCUGGCGCAAAGUUUUUGAAGAGAAAUGCAAAAGAGAAUAAUAACUUAAUUCCCGAAAGUUGGUCAGUUAGUAUUAAGCGCGACAAAAAGGAAACCGAGCAAGCUAGCAAACAAACAAACAAACAAAUAUACGAAGAAGAAGGAGGAGAAAAGUCUUAUUUAUUGUAAGGAAUUCCGCGUGCAUUUCUGUCACGUGCCUCGCAGUCCUCUGAACAAACGUACGCAAGACGAAAUAGAAUGUGAAUGAAAAGAAAAAAAGAUAGACAGAUUUAAGGAAAAAUACAAAUAAAAAUAAGAAAAAUAACAGAGAGACAUUUUGCGGUAGGGGAAUUCGUAGCCGUGUUUGUUGGAGUACUCUUGUAUUUAGUUGUUAGCCAUUGUACAGUGCAUUUCUGCCACGUCGAUUCAAAACUUUUACUUACUUACUUACUUACUUACUUCUUUUUCCUAUCGUCUUUUAAAAUCACGUAAAUUAAGGAACGCGUGCUUUCCCUUCAACACAAAAAAAAAGAAAUUCUGUCAAAUUUGGAUUUAUCUUCGUAUCGAACACGUCGGAACGAUCGUUCUUACUAACAUUUUUUUGAGGGAAAUAUUACAGUAAUUCUUCUUCUUUUUCUUUUUUUCUUUUUUUCCACGAAGAAGAUCAAAUCCGAUUGAUUCGAUAAAACCGGAUACGAAAAUACGAAAUGGUCUUCCUUAGAAUUACUCGUUUAAAUGGCGUUUAGAAAUAUGCGAAGAUAAAUUGAAUUCUUUUCUUUUUUUCAAAUAAAGAAUUCGUUUCUGUAUGGAGAGCACGCGGUAAAUCAAAUAUCGAAAAUUUCUAUUUUCCCUCUUUCUCUCUCUCUCCCUCCCUCUUUCUGUCUCUCUUUCUCUCUCUCUUUCUCUCUCGAUAAUAUUGUUAUCUUACCAAAACGAGAAAGCACUUGACCAUUGAUGUGUUUUAAAAAAAAAAAAAAAAAAAAAGAAAAAAAAAAACUGUGUACGAGAAAACUUGAUAACUCUGCCAAAAUAUCAUAAAUAUUACAUCUCGUAAUUCGAUAAUUUCAUUUUUCAUUUCUGUCGAUUGCUUUCUCGAUUCGCGAAUGCACGCAGAUUGUAUGGAACGAAAUGAAAUAGAAUGAAAUGAAUUGAAAAGAAAUGAAAUGAAAUGAAAUGAAAUGAAAAGGAAAGAAAAUAUAAGAAAAAUAAAAAUAAGAAGGAUUAAGGCAAACAUACAUAUACAUAUAUAUAUAUGUAUUUGCAUUCUUAUCGAAAGCUAGGUAAAUAGAUAGCCACGAAGAGAAUUUUAUCAGAUAAAUAGAAAGAAAAAGAGGAAUAAAAAAAUAGAAAUCGUGUAAUGAUAUAGUGAUUUCAUUCACGCUCACUGUCGUGUGUCUCUCUCUUUGCAUUAAUUAUUAGUGUUAAAUAUCUUACACGUGCAAUGAUGAUGAUGAUGUAUUAUCGAAAAAAAAAACUUUGAUAAAGUUCUUCGACGACUAUGAAAAAAUUCGCGACGUCGCGAAAUUCAUUAAAGAGAGAACGAAAGAAAAUAAAUAAAUAAAUAAAAAAGGGAGGAAAAAUGUGGAGAAGAUAAGAGGGUGGGUGGAAAAGCAAAAAAGUAAGAAAAUGAAAAGUGAGUUAAGAAAAUCGAUGGGUCGCGAUUUAAAGAGAAAAAUAAUAAUAUUAAAUAUAAGAAAAGAAAAAGAUAAAUGACGAUGAUGAUGGUGAUGAUAAUGAGAGGAAAAAAAAAAGAUAAGAUUUUUGUCCAAUUAAAAUUUCAUUAAAUAUGAUGAAUCUUUCUACACGUUCGUACAUCUUCUAUUAAAAAUACACGUAUAUAUAUAGAUAUGUGUGCAUAUACAUAUAUAGGAAGAAAGUAAAUCAAUAUAUAUAUACGUGUGCACAUAUAUUGUAUACUAUAUAUAUUAUAUUCAACUUAUGCGUAUAGAAGAAAAAAAUUUUCACCAUCUACGAAACUAAAAACACUAGGAGGAAAAUUAAAAAAAAAAAAGAUAAAGAAUUUUUUUGCCAUCUUGUUAUAAAAAAAAAAAAA